GCUCUCGGGGCGCGCCCCCACCUCCACAAAGCGGGGUGGGUUACACAGCCCGGCCUGGGCCCCUGUGUUGCCUCUGUCGGGGUGUUUCAUUUUGCUUUCCCGGCUGUAGCAGGAGAACCAUAACCUUUUAGAAGCUAUGGCUCAGCAAAGCAUUGUAUUGUAUGUGGAACCUGGUAAAUGUUCCAUCAGAUACCGACAUUAACAUCCUUUCCCAAAAUAACAUGCAUUUGAAAUGAUUAGCCCAGUUCCGGGCUGAUACUAAGCGCUCAAUAAAUGUUUGGUGCUGCAAUAUGGUUAUUCAAUUCAUUGCCAACGCUUUCCAGCUUUACCCUGUCUUUGGAAAAAGAACGCUGCCUGAAGAAUUUUUUGCCCCUUUGAGACCCCGGAAGAUGAAAGUCAUCACUUGUGAGAUAGCGUGGCACAACAAGGAGCCGGUGUACAGCCUGGACUUCCAGUAUGGGACGGCUGGGCGGAUCCACAGACUGGCCUCGGCAGGCGUGGACACCACUGUGAGGAUCUGGAAAGUAGAAAAAGGACCAGAUGGAAAAGCCAUUGUGGAAUUUUUGUCCAAUCUUGCUCGUCAUACCAAAGCUGUCAACGUUGUGCGUUUUUCUCCAUCUGGGGAAAUUUUAGCAUCAGGAGGAGAUGAUGCUGUCAUCCUGCUGUGGAAGGUGAAUGAUAACAAGGAGCCUGAACAGAUUGCUUUCCAGGAUGAGGAGGAGGCUCAGCUGAAUAAGGAGAAUUGGACUGUUGUAAAAACCCUGAGGGGUCACUUGGAAGAUGUAUAUGAUAUUUGCUGGGCAACUGAUGGAAAUUUAAUGGCUUCUGCCUCUGUGGAUAACACAGCUAUCAUAUGGGAUGUCAGUAAAGGACAAAAGAUUUCCAUUUUUAAUGAACAUAAAAGUUAUGUACAAGGAGUAACCUGGGAUCCUUUGGGCCAAUAUAUCGCUACCCUGAGCUGUGACAGGGUGCUGCGGGUGUACAGCACACAGAAGAAACGUGUGGCCUUUAAUGUUUCAAAGAUGCUCUCUGGAAUAGGGGCUGAAGGAGAGGCGAGAAGUUACCGGAUGUUUCACGAUGACAGCAUGAAAUCCUUCUUUCGUAGACUUAGUUUUACUCCUGAUGGCUCUUUGCUCCUCACACCAGCUGGAUGCGUGGAAUCUGGUGAAAAUGUAACAAAUACAACUUAUGUUUUCUCCAGGAGAAAUCUUAAAAGGCCUGUUGCUCAUCUUCCGUGUCCCGGAAAAGCAACACUUGCUGUUCGCUGCUGUCCGGUCUACUUUGAAUUGAGGCCGGUAGUGGAAACAGGUACCAUUGGAGCACCGUGGUUUGACAAAUCAUCACAAGAGCCAGGUCAGGAACUGAUCAACCUGCCCUACCGCUUGGUGUUUGCUGUGGCUUCAGAAGACUCUGUGCUUUUAUAUGACACCCAGCAGUCUUUCCCAUUUGGUUACGUGUCUAACAUACAUUAUCAUACCCUGAGUGAUAUUUCAUGGUCCAGCGAUGGGGCCUUCCUGGCCAUUUCUUCCACGGACGGUUAUUGCUCAUUUGUGACGUUUGAGAAAGAUGAACUUGGAAUACCUUUGAAAGAGAAGCCCGUUUUGAGCGUGAGAACUCCUGACACCCUGAAGAAAACUAAGAGUCAGGUACACCAAGGGUCUUCACCAGGACCCAGAUCAGUGGAGGGAACCCCCACCAGCAGAGCCCAGGACCCCAGCAGUCCCAGCACCAUCCCCCCUCAGAGCAAACCGUCCCCAGCCCUGCCAGCAGUCAAGGACACACCCUCAACGACUCCUGGCAUCAAAGGCACCUUGCCAGGGUCUGCAGAGGAGAAGAAGACCCCACAGCCCACCGGUCCCGGCAUGAAAGCCCACCCACCCCGCAGGGUCACUCUGAACACCCUACAGGCCUGGAGCAAGACACCGCCUCGGAGGAUAAACUUAACACCCUUAAAGACAGAUACUCCAUCAAAUAUCAUACCAACCAGUGGAACGUUCGCCCCUUCCACAGAAGAAAUUCAGUCAGAGAUACCUGGAGACACUCAGGGCUGUCACCCAGAGCUAAAACGUCCCAGGCUCAGUGAAAACAGUGGCAGCACUCAGAGUGUGGAUCCUUGAUGAGACUUGCCUUCUGCCCAGCAUGGGACCCCCUGUGUACAGGGAAGCCGAGGUGAAGAUGCCUGGGACCAGUGGCCUCAAACGGGGCAUGACAGACACUUGUCAGUUGAUUUCUGUAACAGAAAAUACACAUGUACUGAUUCUUCUCCAGAAAUAUGUUUGCUGUUGUAUUCAGUAUACAUUUUUUUUAUUGUGGUAUAAUUUACAUAUAAAAAAUAAGCCAAUUCAGUAAUCUUUACAUGUAUAAUUGAGUGACGUUGGUUAUACAGCCAUCACCACUAUCUGUUUCCAGUUUUUUCCAUUACCCUUAGAAGAAGCUCAGGGUCCCCUAAGCAUUAACUCUCCUUUUCCCUUUCACCCGAGGUAACCACUAAGAUUUGGUCUCUAUACUUUGCCUAUUUCAUAUAAGUGGGAUCAUACAAUAUCUGUCCUUUCGUGUCUGACUUAUUUCACUCAGCACAGUGUUUUCAAGGUUCGUCCGUGUGGUAGCAUGUGUCAGGGUUUCAUUUCUCUUUAUGGCUGAGUAAUAUUCCAUUGUAUGGGUGUACCACAUGGAGCCCUGGUGGCACGGUGGUUAAAAGCUCGGCUGCUAAUCAAAAGGUUGGCAGUUCAAAUCCAUCAGCUGCUUCUUGGAAACCCUGUGGGGGCAGUUCUGCUCUGUCCUGUAGAGUCGCUAUGAGACGGAAUUGACGGCAACGGGCAACAGCAGGUAUACCACAUUGUGUUUAUCCAUUCAUCUGUUGAUGGACAUUUAGAUUGUUUCCACUUUUGGCUAUGAUUAACAAUGCUACAAUGAACAUUGGUGUUCACUAUAUGUUUUUAACUUGGGGAUGCGAACAUUUCAACAGUCUAAACCCUCUUUUUGAUGAACUUCUUAAACAAGCAUUUCAGUAUUAUCUAGUGUGAGCCUCAGUGAAUCCUCCCUGAAAGACUUAUGUGAAAGGACGGGCAAUUUUAUGAGUGGACUCCUAAAGUUGGAGUCAGAAAGAGGAGGAAAUAAUUUGAGGUUUAUUCUGUUGAAUUUUAGAACGUUUGAAGUGAUUAUUGGAUUUAGCUUGUAAUUAGUUAGUUAAUUUUUGCAAGUUAUGUUUAUUUUCUGAAUCUACAGGUAACAGUCAAUGCUUAUUCUAGAAAGUUAGUGAACUGUGGUGAAUUAAAAAACAGGCUUGAGAUGGAAGUCACCCAGAAGUAACCCGUGUUAAUGUUUCCUUAUCAUUUUUUUUUCUUUUCUUUUCUUUUUGAGAGAGAGUUGAGACUUUACUUUAGACACAAUUUGGUAUCUCAAUAAGUUAACUUUUAAAAUUGGUUUUCAAAGCAAAAAAAGUAACUUUAUAUAGCAGUUUGUCUCUGCCUUUGCUUUCUCAGGUCCCUGGGAUGACAUUACGUUCCCUUUUUCUGUUACAAGUGAAAAAUGGGAGUUGCAGGGUAGGAGGUACAAAGUGAUGAGCUGUCUCUCAGCUCAGGUGCCCCUGGGUCGUGAUGCGUGGUUCUCUGGCAGUUGUGCUAGUGCUGCUGCCUCCCACUUAGAAGGGUUGCCAGCUGGAUCUCGUGCUUGGUGUCACCUCUGACGCAGUGAACGCCACUGCGUCCUACACGUGAGAGGCCUACACCCGGGGCUCUCUUCCCAGUCUUCGCAGCCUGCAGAUUUGAAACAGAUCAAAGGGAAAGGGCUCAGAACCUACCAGUUAAGUCUCUGGCCUGAUCAAGGUGAGGAGUGGAAGAAUGCGCUCUUGAACUCAAGUCAGCAGUAACAGAGAAAAUAAUUGGAAAGAAGUAUCAAUUGUUGCUUAACCUGUACCCUAGGAAACCAGAAAAAGAGUGUGCUCCCCUUGAGACGGGAGAGUGGUAAACGGGGGUAAUUUACAAUGUAGAUGAAACUGGAAGGCAAAUACAUGUGUACUUAUAAUACUGCAUAAUUGUAAUGUUGCAGGUACUGGCCACGUUCAAAAUCAAAAUAACUAAAAAUGUCAAAUAGUAUCUCUUUUGAACAGUGGUUAACAAGCAUGGCUGCUAACUGAAAGGCUGGAGGUUCGAGUCCAUGCAGAGGUGCCUCUGAAGAAAGGCCUGGCAAUCUGCUUUUGAAAAAUCAGCCGCUGAAAACCUUAUGGAGCAGAGGUCUACUCUGACACACAUGCGGUUACCAUGAGUCAGAGUUGACCUGAUAGCAACUGGGUAACUGGAUCCCUUUGCAAACAGUGACCAGGGAGUAGGCCAGCUUCCCUGGCCUCGCCCCCGUGGAGGAACAAUGGUAGGCCUUACAGACCUGCCUCUUGUGCAGUGGUAACAGGAAGGUUGGAGGUGGAGGCAGGGUGUACCUUAGACCUGAAGUGCGCAUUCCUGGGAAUGACUAACUGCGUGUUCAUCAACUGUCAUCCUUGAGCACAAACAACAAAAUCGUCCAUAAAAAACUAGCUGAUGUUACUUCAGGGUCCUGAUCUGAAACUGCCUGCCCUCAUCUGGGUUGUUUACUGGGGAGGCCUUUUUCAGAAGGAGCCCAGGCUGAAGACAGGCAGGAUUUUGUCCAUAGAACUGGUGGCUGUUUGGAAGCAGGUCCUCACCGUUUUGGAUUUGUAGUUGGGUGGGUUGUUUGUUUUGUUUUGGCCAGCAUUUCCCGGUGAGCUGUCAAAUAUUAACCCCUGCUGCUAGUUAAGUAGACGUGGGUGAGGAGGAAGACCUUGACGUGACCCCUGGAGGCCGGCACUGUAAGGGGACAGCAGAGGACGAGCCUCCUUCCUGUACUGUCGGGUGGGACCCGCAGUGUGCGCCCCCUCUGGGUCUGCAGUGGUAACGACAGGAAUGCUGCAGGGGCAGGGGCUCCAGCCCAGGAGUUAGGGGCGGGGUCACAAUCAGGCCUCGGUUUACUUUGUUCUGUUUGUUGGAAACACCCAUAUCUGAUCUUUAAACUGCCAUUGAUCUGUCUUACAAAAUCAUGGUUAGCGGCCAUUUGGACAACGUAGGUCCGCAGUCCUUGCUUGUGGGAACUUUGUGUGGCAAGAGCGAGGGAGUCAGGGGUGAACUGGUCGAUUGCCCUUUCUCAACCCAAAACCAAAAAACCAAACCCGUUGGAGUCAAGUGGAUUCCGACUCAUAGCGACCCUGCGGGAAAGAGUAGAGCUGCCCCAUAGAGUUUCCGAGGAGCGCCUGGUGGAUUCAAACUGCUGACCUUUUGGUUAGCCGCCGUAUCACUUAACCACUAAGCCACCAGGGUUUCCAACCUGGAAUCUCCCAAUAGUCCUGAAGCUUCUCUUUUUGUGUUAUUUUGCUGUAUUUCAGUCUUUGCUGCCUCUCACAUAGGGUGUGUGUGAGAGAGGCGGACAGAUCUUGGACAAACCAUUUUAUUGAUCUGCACCUUGGUUUCUUCACCUGAAAAAUCAGGGUGUGGCAGUGAAUCUCUUUUCAGCUCUGAAAUCUCUGACUUUGCCCCCUCUGGCAGAGAGAGGGGUGAGAACAGGAAUGAGAAAUGGAAUGGAAGCUGCUGGAAGAUACCAGAUGGUCAUUUUUGUUCCCUUGUGACUGAGGAAACUGACGCUUGUGUUCGUGCGUGAGCCUCAGUGGCCCCUAGAGGGCACUGUCUCCACUGGAUCUGCUCUGAAGUGGCGCUUCCUAGACUCGAAGGCUAGAUCGGAGGAGAGGAGUGACUUUCCCCCCAGGCCGCGCAGCCCCUCCUCCCUGUGUGAGCGCCCCCGCCAGGCUCAGGGAGCAGCUGGAGCAGAGUGGCCUUGGGUACUGGCCAGACCUAGAGUGAAGCAUUAGUCAACAAUGGGGGUAGGGGAGCCAGGGAGAUGAUUAAGGAAGUAAUACAUGAAUGCUUAUUCAUUCGUGUACAGUCAGGACCAAAACGAGACAAAAAUCUCUGCCCCAUGGGGCUUACAAUCUGGUUGAGGGAGACCGACAGUAAACACAGUAAAUGAUGUAGUAUUAGGGAGGCACGAUGGAAGAUAAAAAGAGCAGCGAAGGUGCUGGGAGGGCUGGGUUGCAGGGCAGGCUGCAGUGAAAAACAGGAGGCAGGAGACCUCCUUAAGAAGGUUGAAUUGGAGAACAGGGAGGGUGGAGAAGAAAGUCAUCAGAUCGGGGUGUUUGGGCUUUCCCAGGAGCAGAAUAUCCUUCUCAACUCAGGGUCUGAUGCGUUCCACAUGCAGGUUGGGUGUUUUGGUCCCCUGGACUCAGGCUAAGCAUUUUGUGAUAGACUGUUAACCUAGAGGUUAACUAGAGCUGUGGAAGAAAGGCCUGGCAGUUUGCUUCCACAAAGAUUACAGCCAAGAAAACCCUAUGGAGCCCAGUUCCAGUGUGACACACAUUGUCUUGUCAUAGUUGGAAUCAGCUCCAAGCCAACAGGAGUUUUUUUUUGUUGUUGUUUUAAAAUAGCCGAACAGUCAGGUGGUGGUGUGGAAUAAUGAAUUUUCUUCACUUUGGCCUCUACAACUUAUCUCCGACCUUGAUCACCACAAACAAGGUCUGCAUGGAGAGAACUGCUUUCACUAACCAGGAAACCAGGAUCCCCUGCAGAAGUGCUAAUUUUGAUUUGAGUUUUGGCUCUGAGGGAUGGUGUGAAGUGACAAGUGUUAUUCUUCUAAAGCUGUGGUAACCAGUGCUUGGCAACCAUUACGUGUGGGUCGAUAUACUGGCCCUCUUUUCCUAAUGGCUAAAACUACUUAAUGUCUACUCCUGUCACAAUGUGACCUGGAAAAGGUAUUUCAAAUGUAGCAAGUCGUGGAAAUAACUCAGGAUCUCUCUGUCCUUGUUCAAGCACUUGUCAGGUCUGAGGAGAAACGUGUGCUUGGAUAUUACCUGGGAUGAGGUGAGUGUGAGGUGUCAGCCCCUCCAGGUUUUCUCUCCACCCCACAACCGCUCUCCUUUCCGGUGUCUCCUCCACCCACCAAGCCUACCGACCUGGCUGCACUGUGGUUCCCAGCCUGGUUGUGCGUCCGAUUGCUCGUGGAACUUCAAAACCCAAACCAAACCCAAGUGUCCAUCAGCAGGUGAGUGGAUAAACAAUGUGGUCUAUCCAUACAAUGGGAUAUUAAUCAGACAUAAGGAGAAGUGGAAUUCUGAUACAUGCUACCACAUGGCUGAACCUUGAAAACAUUGUGCUUCACAAAAUAACCAGACAUAAAAGGAUAAAUAUUGUAUGGUUUCACUUAGGUGAAAUGUCUAGGAUAGGCUAAUGCACAGAACUAGAAAGUGGGUUAGUCGUUACCACAGGCUUGGAGGAAAGAAUAGGGAGUUGUCGCUUGACGGGUAUUGAGUUUCUUUUUGGGGUGAUGAUGAAGUUUUGGAAAUACAUUGUGAAUGUAAUUAAUGCCACUGAAUUAUACACUUAAAAAUGGUUGAAAUGAUGAAUUUUAUGUUAUAUAUAUCUUGCCACAUUGAAAAAGUUUUGAAAGAUUAUACUAAAUUAUUAAAAAAAAAAUUAUAAGUAAACCCAACUCAGGUUCUGCCUUCACCCAGACCCCAGGUAUGAGCCUUCAUAGGGGAGGAAGGUGGCGGCCAGGCAUAUGUGGGUGAAAACCUGUGCAGGUGACACAAGCAGAGAGUUGUGAGGUCUGCAAGGUACACCAGUGAAGGGACUGACCUGCCUUUGAGUUCGGUGAUUCCAUGAAGAGCAUCGGCAUUCAGCUACCCAAGAGGCUGAAUCUUAAAGGAAACUUUACCACCCAGCUCCAGAGUCUCUCUGCUUUUACCCACAAGUUAUAGGAAUCAGUAGAUGUCUUGUUAUUGGAGCUACCUCAAGAGCUAGGCCAGUACACAGCUGGCCCUGAUGCUGACUGAGCUGCGAUGAGGGGAGCCCUGAAUUUUUUUUUUUAAUGGAGUAAGUACUUGAAUCAGCCACUGGGGGGCGAUAUUGCCAGUCCUUUACAGCCAAAUUUAUUAACUAA